UCUUGUGUUUGUGUCUUUCUAACCAUGGCUGCACAGCUGGUUGUUGCUCUGCUGGCUCUCACCUCCCUGGGUGCUGCAUCUGAACCGAACUGCGAGGAGCUGGUUAAACCCUUGGUACUGGACAGCCACAGUCCCCAGAUUUAUGGAAAAUGGGUGCUCCAGGUAGGUUCGUGGGACCAGCCCAGCCUGAAAAGCGACUUGGUGUCAGUGAAGAGCUCCUGGGUGGAGCAGUCCCCCUCCUCUGACAGCGGAGUCAUGACAAUCUACUGGGCAGACCGCCUAAAUGAGGACAAAUGCCUUCAAGGAGUUGCUAAUGCCACCAUCUCAGGAAUGACCAGGCACACCACCUUUAACAUCAAUGGUCACACUUCAUAUCAUGAUGGCAAAUAUUAUGAGACCUGCUCCGAGUGCCUGCUGUCAGAGGACACCACCCUCCUUCCUGACGGACAGACAAAGGGACGGUACCUCUUCCUCUUUACCAGAACAGGAAAUCUGGAGCCCUCUGAAUUAGAGACCUUUAAAAAGCAGGCGGAAUGUCUCGGAUUCCUCCCUGAAUAUCACUUCGGAAGCACAGAUCUAUGUGCAGACGAUAGGGUCACUGCAAGCCCCGCUGAAAACACGGAGGAUGCUGGGACGACUCAGCCCACUGCGCUGUAAGCCAGAGACAACCGAUGUCCUGUCCCUGGGUGGCCUCUUUGCAUCGAAACGGAUCCUAACAAAUGCAAUUAAUAGUGCUGUGUUGUUUUUGUUGUUAUCAGCUAUGACCAUUGGCAAAAUAUUGUGCUGUAACCACCGACUUGUGUAGUUGUUUGUUUUCAAGAUUCAGUACACAUUUUUUGAGAUAAUGACAUAAAAACAUUACAUUGAAAUGCGUAGCUUUGCUGUGAGUCACUGGCUCUUAAACUGUAUUACAUUUAAGGAGUUAAGGAAAUUAAAGUGAAUUUAAAAAAUAACCCAAAUGGUGUGUUUGGGGGGAAAUGGCUGAAAUGUCGACUUGAUUGGUUCUGUCACACCGAUCAUUAUGAAGGGUUAAAGCUGCGAUCCGAAAUGUUUGUUUUUUUGUUUUUUUGAUUUACAGACAACUGUGGCGAUACUGGUAAAUACAGUGGUGUCUGACUGAAGCCGUCUUCCAGAGAUGCAUUCAAAAUGAAACGGUCAGCAGUGCUGUUGUGACAGCGUCUGCCCCAGCAGCGAAUAAAGAAACCAUAGUUAA